UCCACACGUUUUUUCAAAAAAAAGCGUAAGCGAGAUCUUUGGAUUAUUGUUGAUGCUCUACACGAUGGGCAAAGUGGAAUUUUCGCGUCUAAUAAUGAAUGUAAUAGUGGGCGGACCUCUGCGGAAGGACCUACCCUAAUUCGUCUUAGAACUAUUUUUCUCAGUUCGUCCCAUAUUAGUUUACACUUAAUUAGCUUUAAUAUAAUUGUCCGUACCUCUUGCGUACGGUGCUAUAUAUGACUGUUGUGGGUGUAUAAACAGUUAACAACGAGAGCUGAAUAGCGAAAACAAGAACAUAAAGAUGCUUUUCGAGGUAUUGGAUUCUCGAGGGUUGUACGACUAAAUAAUGGACUAAGUUACAUCUCCGGUAUUACACUAUUAUUGUCAUUUAUUUUUUCAAAAUGACGCAUCAUAUCGACUUCCUGGAUUUUUCUCGACAACGAUUGAACAUAAUGGAAGAAACUUUCAUUGAUUUUGAUAUGUGGAAAAAUAUCGACAAAAGAAUUUAUUGUAGUUUGUACGAAAUCGCAGGUCAGGCGCUGUGGAUUCAUUUCAAUAUUCAACUUUUUAGUAUAUUCGAUUAAAUGUCUCAAUAUUUUCGUGUAGACAAUGGAAUUUUUCCAUGUAGUCAAAGAAUAUGCACAUAGUAUCAUGAAUACCAUCGCCGUCGGCUAAACUGUUUGAUGGUACAACACUUUAUUUAUUUUGAGGCGCGAGCACAGAUAUUUGGGACGAAUUGAGAAAAAAGUAUAUGGGACAAACUGAGAGAGAAGUGUUGGUGGGACGAACUGAGAAAAAAGCUUCGUGGGACGAAUUGAGAAGUCAAUUUGAGACGAACUGAGAGGACACCCUUUUCUUUAUACUUUUUUUAUUUACCGUGAUUGAGAACAAAUGAGAAAACAGACUAUCUGUUUUGUACCAUGAAACAAUAGUUUUCAUUGCCAGUAUUAGAAGAUUGUCGUGAUGAUUAAGAAGCGUUAUAAGGUAUUGUAAUAUACCUGCAUAGUGGUACAGUAGCCACGUGGCGAUAGGUGUGUUGUACAUUACACCUGCUUUUUUUGUCGCCACGGCACUGCAUAGUGGUCAUCGUUCAUAGCAGAACAUCGGGCCACACUACAUCGUUAAGGCAAUAAAAUGUUUGCAUCAUGGAAAAUAUCGAUGGCAAUUGAGCGCACUCAAAUUUUAUAAAUACUGGAAUAUGAUGAGCAAUCGACUAUUACUGUAUUGUAAAUAGCUGUUGGAAAAGGGAAAAACACAUUUUAUCUUUCAACCAAGUUCUCGCUAUUUGGAGGAGACAUCUUCAUAGAAAAUUCUUCUCUGGCAUUUCUGCAAGUGUACAGGAAGACGUCGAACUGAACAUUUUUCUUUUAUAACCUUUUUAUUCUUUUUUAUUAGUAUCUUUUGUUUCUCUCUUUCUUUCUCUUAAGGCUAUUAUCAGCUAAACGCUCGAUUCUUCAGAAUUAUGUUUUUUACAAGUUUAACACGUGUUCUGCUACCAUUUUUAAUGUCUUAUAAUUAAAAAAAAUUACAACACGACCUACGAAUGUGACUAUUUUAAAGACAGGCACUCUGUAACAGUAACAGUAAUUCUUGCGAUAAAAAUGUCACUACUCUUUAAUUACCAUUAUGAUGAUGAUUUAUAUUUUUGAAUUUUCUUCUAACUGAAGAGAAUAAGUGAUAAAACUAUAGCAGGAUUUUUAUAUUAUUAUUUACUAUCACUUUCCUCUCUUUCAUGUAUGUCUUUGUGAACAAAUACAGACAAUAACAUAUAUUUGGUUUCUUUUUGAAGAUGAUGAAGUAGAAUGUCAAGAAAUGUGAUUCAUACACACAUACUUCUACUUUAUACAAUAGUACUCACUGGUUUUUUUCCUGUUUUCUUGUUCAAUUGGGCAAUACCAUCUUUUCUUUUUAUUCAGAAGUUCGCUGUUAUCUACUAUCACAUUAUUUUUUCUUAUGAUAAGAUACUGACAUUAUUUACAUUGUCGAUUUAUUGAUUAUUACUAUCUUUCGAUUAUUCUACCUCAAAAAGUUAUUCACUCUAAAGAUUAUAAAGUUUAAAACAAGAGCCAUGUUAAACAAAAAAAUGGAACGUGUCUUCUAAAAUCUAUUUUUGUUUGUCUGGUAUAAAAUUUUGGAAUAGUUUUCAGCUUAUCUUAUUAAAAUCUGUACAUCACCCUCACUCUCACUCGAAGACAAGACUUCAGGCAGUCAAUAGCUAACAGUUUCAAUAUAAAAAUAGGAUAGCCCUUGUUAUUGCUAAAAGAGCUGUCAUACUGCUCAGGGAUGAAGAAACUCCUCAUUUAUAUUAAUUAUCUGCAAAAAAAAGAUAUGUCAUUUGAUAGUAACAUUAAAAUUUAUUUUCUGCUUUUCAUUUCUGUUUUAAAUUUUCAUACACAAUUUCAUUUAUGUUUUACAUCGAUAGUAAGAAUACAACGGAAAUCUUUAAAAGAAAAAGAUCCCUUUUCCUUUUUUCAUAUUUUAUACUGUCAGUUUUCUAACCAUUAUGAAAAGAAAUGACAUUAUAUUUUUAGUUUAUUUUCUACAUUGAUUCUUUAAGUGUUUUCCGUUAUUCACAAAGUUUUUCUUUUUUCUGGUGUCUUUCCUCAAGAUGCUAACAGUACAUAGCGGUUAAAAAUUGUGACUUUAAUCAUGCUAUCCAUAUAAUCAUGGUAUUAACAAUAUAUUAUAUUCUCUUAGUUUUAUAAUUAACUAUCUGCUUAAAAAGAAUUUUUCUAUUUUAUCUCAUUUCACAACUCUUGAACUAUAAUCUCUUUAGAAAUACUUAUGAUAUGGAAACAACAUCUUCAAUUGACAAAAAUUGGGAAUUUAUAUUGAUUUUAAUUGGUGCUGUUGUUAUACUUCUUGUACUAUUAUAUAUUAUUGGUCGCUGGUUGGAUAUUAAAUGGUCUCACAGUUGUACGUGCUAUUGCUGUCGAAACAUUGAAAAAAAUCGCAUUUUGAAUAAUGAUGAUGUUGUUCAAACAAGAAUUUAUGGACAAGAAAAUGUGUUCACCACACUAAAUUCUAUUCAAGAUAAUAACAGUUUACCAACGUAUCUUUCAGAUUCAUCUAUAGUAAUGCAUGAAACAGAUGAAAUCGUUUUGAAUCAAACAAUUUCAGAUAAUAGUCAAACUGAUUCCCUUUGCAUUCAGGAAAAGCCAACAUUGAGACGAACAGUAACAUGUAAUUCAAAUGAAUCUCUAUGCUCAUUACGUGAUUUAGAAUUAGAUGUCGCUUGUUGUGGUCAAAUACAAAUAAAUAUCAAUUUUAAUGCUUUAGAAGAAAGUCUUGAAAUUACGUUUAUUCAAGCAAGAGAAUUGAAACUAAUGAAGCCAAAUGAAAAUGAAUUAAGAACGUAUAUUGUUUCAUGGCUCGAUAAUGAUAGUUGGAAUAAACAAAUUACUCAGAUUGCCAUUACAGAAUGUGGUGGUAAUGUUGAAUAUAAUUCACUAAUGAAAUGGAAAAUCGAUGAUCGUUUAUUGACUCAGACAACACUUCAUGCAAUAUUAUAUUGUAUUAGUGAAAAUAAUAUAGAGAAAAUUGUUGGUGAAACAGCGUUCAAAGUUGGCGAACUCUAUAUUUUUCAACCAUUAACAACAUGGUUAAAUAUUCGAGAUGAUAACGAUAUUUGUUCAUGGUCAGGCGAAGUUUUAAUUAGUUUAUGUUAUCAUCCAACUUCAAGUAGAUUAACUUGUACAUUGGUACAAGCAAGAAAUUUAAUUUUUCAAAAGAAAAAAUUAAUCAGUGGUAUAAUGCUUUAUCAACAUUGUUAUGCAACAAUAUCGUUAAUUCGUCGAAAUGAAAUUGUAAAAAAAACCAAAACCUGCUAUUAUCGUUCAGUUGAUUCUAAUCCAUUAUUUAAUGAAACAUCAACAUUUAUGGUAACUGGAAAAGAGUUAUUUGAAACGUUUAUUCGAAUUGUAUUGUUUGAAAUUACAACACAAAACAGCAAAGUCUAUGAAAUUGGACAUACAAUUCUCGGUUCACAUGGAAAAAAUGCUUACAAAACCGCACCACAAGGUCUUAACCAUUGGGAACAAAUGAUACGACUAUUGAGAAGACAAGUAACAUUAUGGCAUACAAUAAAAUUAUAA